UUAUCAUUAUAUGUCAGAAGGUGUCACUAAUACAUCGAUUGAGGAACUAGGUAGAACUCAGUUAGACGGAGAGCGAUAAAUUAUUCAGGAAGUUUAAUUAUAAUUUUUGUGAUGUAUGCAACGGAAUACAUGUAUAUAAUUCGAUUUAGAGGGAAAUAACGUAGCUGUGAGUUAAAAAUAUAUAGCAAUUAGUAUCUGAUUUGUUAUGUGUAGGAUGAUAACCGACAUAGGAUAAUGUGACAAUGUUUGCAUUAGCGGCCUCGCAAAUUUUGCCAAUUAGCACGUGCUCCCAUAUAUCGGUGAACACCUCAUUUAUAAAAAUAUGAAAUAUUCGAAGGGUUCUUCAUGUAUAGAAAAUCGUUUUAACGCUUAUUUUUUUUUUCAUCAAUGCAUUUUGCAUUUACUUUUGAUUCCAUUUAUUUUCACGAAUAUCAACGAUACCUGUCGGUCUCUGGCACGGGAUCAACGGAAACAGAUCCUAAAGAGUUUAUCAUUUUGUGAAACAGUUUCUGAUGAUGGAGGAGAAUGCCUUCAGCAGUCCUUAAGAAAAGCGAUGAAAACAUUUCAGAAAGAAAAUGCAAUGGAAAUUUACCAGUUUGUCAAAGAGCGAACAGAUCGGCAAAUUGGCAUAGAUAAUCUCAGCACUGAGAUGAAGAAUUAUGCUCACCGGUGUGCAGAGUUGUCGUGGCUAAUGAACGUACAAGAUCCGCCUCUCCUGCUUCACUUUAAUGCAGCCGCUGGAGAACCGGUUGAUAAACUGCUCUUCAGUCUUUAUACCAGAUCUGGAAAUGUGGUGGACUAUGUUGUGUGGCCUGCAGUAGUGUAUGAAAACGGUGCUGUUUACCGGAAAGGUGUACUGCAGCCAAUUUAAAAGAAUAUUACAAAAUUAAUGCUUAUUACACAGUGAUUUGUGGCUGUUAUUUUAUCGUGUGAUAAUUGUAAAAAAAAAUAUUUAUAAAAAACAUAAAAUUCUUUCUGUGUACUAUUAAAAACAAAAUUCUCUCUGUUUAACAAAAUGUAUUUAUAAAUUGUCUCUCUUUUAUAUAAGACCAAGUUAACUAUAUUUACGCUUAAGAACUGAAUGUUACAUUGUACAGAACUUUUACCUGGGGACAA